AUGGCUGCCUCUUACUCGGACAGUCAGAGUGUUUUCAAUGCGCGGGUAGAUGCCAGCGGACUCACAAAGGAGGAUGCCACAAAAAUCAAAGCCGCGGUAUCUUCACUGAGACAGUUGGCGUUCAUCUCCAGCUUCACCCCAGGUCAGGCCGAUGAAUCCCCGCUGAUGGCCGCACUGAAGCUCAUGCUUGGAAGGGAUGCGGAACUUGGUGUCCAGGCCAGCUUCCGAGCUCUGUACCACGAGUCCUACGCCGUCGUCACUUCUGAGCUGCGCCAAAAGAUCGAGAAGUCCGAAGAGCCAGCAAGCAGGCGCCUGACACAACCCGAGCGAGCCGAGAGGUUCGAGAAGCAGAAAAAGAAGCUCGUUGGAGUUUCCAUCAAGGGCUUGAGCGAACCUAGCGAAGCCUUGGUAGACAGGGCCGUGGCUUGCUAUGAAAACAACGAGCUUCGCUAUCUGUCUUGGGAAAUAUGUACUUCAAGAGAGCAAGAAGUGGGCUCAGACCGACGCCGUGACACCCGCUUCACCGUCGACGAGCACACCGGGCGUCUGAAGGUUGAAAACAAGGAUGCGGAACAGAAAGCGGUCACAUCUUCCGAGGUUCAUGUCAUGCAGGCUUUGCAGCGCCGUUCCCUUGCCAUGGACCAAGCCAACCUCGUCGAGUACGCGACCAUGCAGCAGUGGAGUGAUCGCUUGAUGCGUGCACGCAUGCAGGAAGCCCCAGCUGGGUAUGUUCGGCCAACCUGGGCUCAACUCGUAGCUGCAGACAAGAAGCUUUUCAGCGAGUUGCGAGACCUGACCCGUGACGGAGUGCAAUCCUCUGGUGGAGCCAGGCCCUUGGACACACACAUCUUCCGACUGUCAUGA